AUGAAUGGUACUCAACUGCGGGACGCCUCCGGGCGUUUCUUGAAAAAGGGCCCUUCUCAGGGCCACCCUAACGGCCCUUCUCAGGGCCACCCAAACGGCCCUUCUCAGGGCCACCCAAACGGCCCUUCUCAGGGCCAACUAAAGGGAAGGAGUGGAAAGCGUGGGGGGAAGAUUUCGGUGGGGGGAGAGAAAAGUUCGGGCGGGAAGGACGGAACUGAUAAGGAGCGGUCCAGGUCCGAACAUGAAGAAAGUCGCGGUGGAUCGGAAGGGGAAGCAAUGGCGGAUGAGAGUGGUGUGGCUACGGUCCAAGGAAGGCUGUGGAACCCGUUGGGAAGUGUGGGCUCCAUCACCUCGCUGUCCGAAUCGGUGCUGGGUGCCAAGCGCCUCUACUCGGAGGUAGCGAGUGGGUCCGGAUCCGGUUCGGACACGGAGGUUGAUUGGACACGGCCGGAAAUAUUGCCGAAGGCAAAAAGAGGGAAGGCUCGAGGUGCCUCGAAUAUGACGGGAGCCCGGGCUGAAACGCGAAGGAGUCGGGAGGAGGAUGUGGAGGCCUCCUUCUCAGCCACUCUGGGAACUCGGGCCUUCCGGAGGGGAGAACACCCGAGUGGGGACGAGGGGUCGGAUGUGGCCCCCAUUGAGGUACGGGACUUCAGUGCCUUGGGUGCUGACGGACUUAUGGCUACUGCGGUGGAGAGGCUGGGAAUUAUAACCAGCCUCGUCAGAAAGACCACCGCCUUCAAGGGGGGCUUCAGCGCGAAGAUUCUGCGUGCCUCUACGGACAUCAGGGAUAUCAUGGAUACCCUGGUGUCGCGUAACGAGUCGGACGAAGUACGGCGCCUCAGGGCUGAUAAUGGUCGCCUCCAAAGAGAGGUGGCCAAUAUGAGGGCAGAGGUCGCUGCGCUCCGCAGCGGGUUUGAGGAGGCUCGCCGCGAGGUCAACCAGGCUGCGCGAGCUGCGGAACAGCGGGCAGGUGCACCUGCAGAGGAAGAGAGGCUGAUGGAGAGGCUGGAGGCUUCCAUAGCCAAAAUGAUAGAUGGCCGCCUAGCAGAGCUGAAGACUUGCCUCCCUCGGAUGGUCACCCGCCCACCUCUGGCGGGUGACAGUUCGAGGGUGGCCAGGGCCACUAGGGCGGCCAUUGCGGAGGCCUCCGGAUUGAGUCCGGCGCUGCUGCCUAAGCGGACGGGAAUGGAAGGCCGUAGAAGGGAAAGUGCUGAGGAGGGGAUGGAGUGGGGGCCGUCGACCUCUGCAGUUCCGGACGAGUUCCCGGAGCUCCCUGGAGUUGAGGAUGGGCCGACGACCUCGGCAAUUAUGGUCGACGGAUCCCCGGAGCUCCCCUGGGUUGAGGUUGGGAGGAGGAGCAAAGGGAAGGGAAAGGGCAAAAAAUCCAAGCCCAAGCCCGAGGCGGUACCCAAGGGGGCCCCCUCAACCGUGCCCAAGCCCACGGCGGCGCCCACGGGGGCGCCUAAGUCUGUGCCCAAGCCUACGGCGGCGCCCGCGGAGGCGCCUACGUCUGUGCCCAAGGAGUCCCCCAAGGCGGCGCCACUGAGGGUGGUGAAAAAACUGUCGGCCCCUAGCUCCUCGGCUGUAAUUCUUAAGUUACAGCCGGAGGCAGUGCAAAAUGGGGCCACAUACAGUUCCGCCCUCCUCAAGGCCGAGCAAGAGGUGAACCUGGAGGAGCUGGGCAUUGGCUCGCUUCGGAUUCGCCCGAGUGCGACCGGAGCGAGAUUAAUUGAGGUCCCCGGCUCCUCUAGCUCAGGCAAGGCGGACGCACUUGCUUCGGCCUUGAAGGUGGCUCUGGCCGGCGUCGUGGACGUUUUCAGGCCCGUCAAAACUGCGGAUUUCCGCGUGACGGGACUGAAUGAUGCGGCAACGGCGCAGCGGAUAAAGGCUGCGGUCGCGCAAGCCGGGAGCUGUACGGAGGACCAGGUCUGGGUGGGUGAAAUCCGCUCAGACUGGCGGGGCUCUGGCUCUGCCCUGAUGCGCUGCCCGGUCACGACGGCCAAAAAGCUGAUCGAGGCGGGCAGCCUCACGGUAGGCUGGAGCCGGGUGCAGCUCCGGCACCUGGAGGCGCGCCCCAUGCACUGCUACAAGUGCAUGGGGAAGGGGCACACUGCAUCGCUGUGCCCCUCGCAGACGGACCGCAGCCGGCUCUGCUAUAGGUGCGGGGAGGCAGGGCAUUUGUCCGCCUCCUGCACAGCGGAGCCCCGCUGCGCGGUAUGCCGCGACGCCGGCAAGCCGGCGGGCCACGUGAUGGGGGGUAGGGCCUGCAACCCACCCCCGAUCCGAGGGAAAGGGCCGUCCCCUCCUCCGCGCGAGGGAAGGCAAGGGGAGGCGCCAGUCGGCCAAAUGGAGGAGUGA